CGCUGCCGUGAGCACGGCGGCAGGAGGGCACCGAGGGCGGGAGAACCGCACGGGGCACCGCGGCAUCCCCGGCGGGAGGGGCCGGCAGCGGGCACCGACACACGGAUACACGGACACACGGACACACACGCGUGCCCCCCCCAUCCCCACACACACACACGCGUGCCCUCUGCCCGCCCGGCGGCCAGGGGGGAAUUCUCUGUGCGGGCUGAGUCACCUCCAUGGCACUUCCUCCCCGGCGGGAAGGGGAGGGAAAAGCAGAGGAGGUCCCCGAAACCGGGAGGCGCGGGGGGUCCGUCCCCUUCCCGGCACCACCUCCGGGAAGGAUGGGUUGAGCCGGAGCGAGGAGGAAGAGCGCCGGGGCCGCGUCGGGUGCCGGGCAGCCCUAUGAGCCGGGAUGACUCCCGACCCGCCCCGGCGCGGGGCUCUCUCGCAGAACGUGCUGGCCAAGGCGCUGUACGACAAUGUGGCCGAGUCGCCGGACGAGCUUUCCUUCCGCAAAGGCGACAUCAUGACGGUGCUGGAGCGCAACACGCAGGGCCUGGAUGGCUGGUGGCUCUGCUCCCUGCACGGCCGUCAGGGCAUCGUGCCGGGGAACCGCCUCAAGAUCCUGGUGGGGAUGUACGACAAGAAGCAGCAGCAGCAGCAGCAGCAAGCGGCCGGGCCGGGGCAGGGCCAGGCGCCGCCGGCGCCGCAGCCCACGUUGCCGUAUCACCACCAAGGGGGGUACAGCCCGCUGUCGCCCGCCUCGCAGUACACCGCCAUGCACCCUUCCUACGUGCCCCAAGGGGACAAUGUCUACUUGAUGCCGGCUCCCGGCAAGGGGCAGCAGGGCCUCUACUCGGGCUCGGCGCCCACCGGACAGUUUCCCCCGGCUCCGGCCAAGCAGCCUCCAGCCUACCCGAAGCAGACGCCGCCCCACGCCUUCCCCAGCGCCGGGCAGGAGAUCUACCAGGUGCCUCCGGCCCUGAGCCAAGCGGCGGACGCGUACCCUGUGGGCUCUGCCAGCCCCCCCCAGGAUAUAUACCAGGUUCCUCCCUCGGUGGCUCAGGCUCAAGACAUCUACCAGGUGCCCCCGUCUUUGGAUGCGAGGAGCUGGGAAGGGCCCAAGCCCUCGGGAAAGGUGUUGCUGCCCACCCGCGUGGGGCAGGCGUACAUCUAUGACUCCCCCAAGGGCGAGCAAGAUGAAUACGAUUUUCCCCGCCACCUCCUCUCCUCGGGCUCCCAGGAGAUCUACGAUGUGCCGCCCGUGCGCGGUGCGCUGCCCAGCCAGCAGGUCUAUGACACCCCCCCCAUGGCAGUCAAGGGUCCCAACGGGCAGGACACGGGGCAGGAGAUCUACGAUGUGCCCCCCAGCGUGGAGAAGAACCUGCACCAAACAGUAUACGACGUGCCACCCUCUGUCAGCAAGGACGUGCCGGACGGCCCCGUGCGGGAGGAGACAUACGAUGUGCCCCCCGCCUUUGCCAAGCAGAAAGCCUUUGAGCCCCCCCGCCACCCCGCGGUGCUCACCCAGCAGGAGCCCUUCCUGCCGGAGGAUGUCUACGACGUGCCGCCGGCAGCCGGGAAAGCCGCCCCCGAGCCUUCGCUGUCCCACGAGAUCUACGACGUGCCUCCCAGCCUCAAGAAGCUGGGGGGGUCAGCCUUCCCCUCGCAGGAGGUGUACGACGUGCCGCGGGACCUGCACGGCCCCGGCAAGGGCUUGGUGGACACAGAGGGUGAGUACAUCUACGAUGUCCCGCCGCAGGUGGACCGCGAGGCCAAGGCGGCUGACACCAAGCGCCUCUCGGCCUCCAGCACGGGCAGCACCCGCAGCAACAUCUCCACCUCCUCGCUGGACACGGUGCCCGUGAAGGAGCCGGCCAAAGGGCCCGGCAGAGAGUUCUCCAUGGACUUGGACGCUGCCAUGGAGAUGCUGGCCAAGCUCCAGCUCGGCGUCAGCGGCGCCGUCUCCUGCCUCAUGUCCUUCAUCAGCACCAACUGGCGCAGCCCCGAGCACAUGGAGGCCAACGCUGCCGGCAUCCGUGGGGCAGCCGAGGGCGUGCAGGCGGCCCUCCGAGAGCUGCUGGAGUUCGCCCGGGGGGCGGUGGGCAACGCCGCCCAGGCCUCGGACCGCUCGCUGUACGCCAAGCUCAGCAAGCAGCUGCAGAAAAUGGAGGAGGUCUACCAGGCCCUGGGGCGGCACAGCCAAGCGCUGGACGCGUGCCACUGGGCCCCUAGCGCCUUGGUGGCCGGCAAGCCAGGCACGGACGACUUGGAGCUCUUCGUCAUGUACUCGCGCGGCGUGCCUGAUGACACCAAGCAGCUCGCCUCCUUCCUGCAUGGCAAUGCUUCUCUGCUCUUCAAACGGACAAAGCCGGUGCCCGAGGGCAAUGGCCACGGGCCCGCACACCCCUCUGACAAGGCCAGCAGCAUCCAGUCGCGGCCCCUGCCCUCCCCUCCCAAACUGCUGGCACAGGAGUCACCCGAGGGCCCGUAUGAGAACCACGAGAGUGGCUGGAUGGAGGACUACGACUACGUGCACCUCCAGGGCAAGGAGGAGUUUGAGAAGACGCAGAAAGAGCUGCUGGAGAAAGGCAACAUUAUCCGGCAGAGCAAGGACCAGCUGGAGCACCAGCAGCUGAAGCAGUUUGAGCGUCUGGAGCAGGAGGUGACGCGGCCCAUCGACAACGACCUGUCCAACUGGAGCCCUCCCCAGCACUACGGCCCUGCGCGGGGCGGGGGGGCCCUGUGUGCCGCCGACCGCCAGCUGCUCCUCUUCUACCUGGAGCAGUGCGAGGCCAACCUCACCACGCUCACCAACGCCAUCGACGCCUUCUUCACCGCCGUCAGCACCAACCAGCCCCCGAAAAUCUUCGUGGCCCACAGCAAAUUCAUCAUCCUCAGCGCCCACAAGCUCGUCUUCAUCGGCGACACGCUGUCCCGCCAGGCCAAGGCGCAGGACGUGCGGCACAAGGUGACGCACUACAGCAACCUCUUGUGCGAGAUGCUCAAGGAGAUCGUGGUGAGCACCAAGGCGGCCGCGCUGCACUACCCGUCACCUGCCGCCUCCAAGGACAUGGUGGAGCGCGUCAAGGACCUCGCCAACAGCACGCAGCAGUUCAGGAUGGUGCUGGGCCAGCUGGCCGCCAUGUGAUGGCCCUGUGCCGCUGCCCCCCGCCGCCCUCUGCCCGGCGUAACAGAGCUGUCACAGAGACUCACGCAGGGCUGAGGGGCCGGGGCCAUCGUCCCCUUCCCUCCUCUUCCUCUCGACGUUGGUUUCAGAGCCAUGCUCGCAGUGCCAGGGGCGCAGUCUCUCCCUUCUGUAUUCGUUCCUCUGCUCCAGUUGAGAUGGGGCUGGCAGUGGGGCUGCCCCAGUGCCCUGGGACGACGCUGCGGGCUCUGUCGGCACAUCAGCCAGCUGUUGUAGUGCUGUGGCGCAGACAGACCAAGCCAAGGAGCAGCGGCGGGGAGAUGAAGAGUGCUGUCCUGAGUGAUGGGGGAGGGGGCAAGGGGCAGCCAGGGGGGAUGAGGGGCUCGAACCUUUGCGUUUCAAGUCUUGGCGGUUUCACUGUACCGGCUGUAACUGAAAUGCAAACCGACAUUGGUGCCUUCUGAACACUGGGGAAGCUUCCUCUGGUUCCCGGAGCCAUGGAGUUGCAGCCGCCCCCAAAACUCAGCCCCCUGGUCCCACAGCAGCAUAAAGAUUUGCCUAGAAAUC